AUGACUGACCAGGACAACAUUAAAUCAUCAAAAUCUCACAAUACAACAACAGUUGACAAUAAAUCAUUUCUGAAAAAUGUUAAUAAACAGUUGUUGUCUAAUUCAAGUAUAACCAAAUCUGUCAUAGAGCAAUACGAGGAUGCUUUGGAAGAAGAUCCAACGGUGUACUCGUAUGAUGAAGUAUAUGAUGUCAUGAAGAAAGCUGAGAAAAAAAGGACAGAUCAAAUAAAAGGGAAGGAACUGAGUGAAAAUGGUGAAAAAAAAGCUAAAUAUGUUAAUAAUAUGUUAAGAGCUGCAAUGAUAAGAAAACGUGAUUACAUGACUGUACAAGAACAUAAAUUACAAAAGGAACGAGAAGCUGAAGGAGAUGAAUUUGAUGAUAAAGAAGAAGGUAAAGAUAUAACAGAUUUUUAUCGUAGAUUUUUAGAUCAAACAUCCAGAGCAAAAGCUGUUGCAAUAGAAUCGAUCAAAUCAGAAAUUCAGAAAAAGUAUAAAAGAAAAUUUGAUAAUAGUAGUGGUGGUGAUAACAAAUAUGAAGAUGAUGAAGAUGACGAAGACAAAAGUGAGAAUCAAUCAAAUUUAGAUGAUAAACUUAAAACAGAUAAACAACUUGCAGAAGAAGCUGAAGCAUCAGGGAAAAGCGUUAUAUUAAAUGAAGAUGACCAAAUAAUAGAUAAAAGGGAACUUUUAUCAGCUGGAUUAAAUAUAACGAAAAAGAAGGAUAAAGACAAUAGAAAAACUAUUAAUGGUAGUAGGAAAAGAAAGGUAGAUAAUAAGGAAUUUGAUGAAGAUGAUCAUAAUAUUUUGUCAAAAAGAUCUUCUGAAGAAGAGGCAAGAAGACGUAGUGAGAAACAAAGCCAUGAAUUGGAAAUGCAAUUAAAAGAAAUAGAAGCGAAGAAAAAGGAAGAAGAAGCUCGUAAACAAGAAGAAUUGAUUAAGAAAUUUUCUAAAAAGAACGAUGAAGCUACUAUCUCAGAUGCAAGAGCUAGAUAUUUGGCAAGAAAAAAUCAAAAGUCAUGA